AUGGGAAAACUCCUUUUGGUAUUGGCCACAGUGCUGCUGUGUUCCGUGCUUGUCACAGCGCAGGUGAAGCCAAAUACAGAGAUCGGCCGGGUUACUGUCCAGGUGCCGUUGCUGUCAAAUGGAAAGCCCGUCAUGAGCCAAGAUAAGGAAUUGGUGGAGAUAGCGCAUGUGGUGGAGGUGAAGCCGGGCAAGGUCAGACCAGAGGAGGUUGUGGUGCCGCUAGUCAAGGUACGAAACAUGAGGGCUAUUCGGGACGGUGAGAAUCCGGGAAAGCCAAACCAUGGCAAGCCUAAUCCGGGUAUUCCUAUGCCUGGCAUGCCCAAUCCUGGCAUUCCCAAUGCUGGUAUCCCCAAUUCAGGCAUUCCAAACGCCGGUAUCCCUAAUGCAGGCAUACCCAAUCCAGGCAUCCCUGUACAAACUGCCACCUCUGAGGUUCAACCAGUUGUCGUUGCACCACCCAGCACCACAAGUUCACCUGGACCCAUUUUGAUCAAAGGCGCCAAGAGCUGUCAGCAGUUGCUAUUGGCCAGCUCGGCUCCAGUCACACCGCUACCCAUGCCGCCAACGCCCAUCGAGAGCUGCGACAUGCUGUGCACCAAGUUCGAGCUGAUGCCCAUCUGCGCCUACAACGGCGUCUGCAUUCACGAGUUCCCCAAUCAGUGCGUUAUGGACACCUUCAACUGCAAACAUCGUGAUUUGGCAUUCCGCGCCGUGGAUGAGGAUAUUUGCAUGAAGAACAUUUGCUCUCGUCGCUGCAAAGAGGAGGAUCUCAAGAUGUAG